AUGUCUGAUGGAAACGAUGAUAAUCCGGUGCAAACAAGCACCGAACAAAUGAAAGAAAUAAUUGCCGAAGAAGUAGGAAAGGCAAUUGAAGGAAGUCUAUCUGGGUUUAUAGACAAAAUUCAAAACACGGUGUUGUCGCUUGUCGAAAAGCGAGUUAAAGGGUUGGAGGAUAGCGUCAAUCUUAUGAAGGAGAAAACGGGAGAUCGUAAAGGAUGGAUAAGUGACGUCGAAGGAGUGUUUGAACGAACCCACUGUGACGUAGGUAACUUUGUUGCUUACGAGACGGGUCAAUUGAGAAAUCAAGCCAAGGAUUGGUGGGACAAUAAAAAGAAGGAAGUGGGAGCCGAAGCGGCAAAGGCUAUGACUUGGGACGAGUUUAAGGUGCCGUUCCUUAAACACCAUAGUCCCAAAGCAGUUAUCAACAGGAUCAAAGAGGAAUUUAUCCAAUUAAGACAAAAGGGAGAAUCAAUUGAUAAGAUCAUGGGUAUCUUCAUGGAUAAGCUGAGGUUUUGUGACGAGUUAGUCACCACUGAAGAGCAGAAGAUAUACUAUUAUUACAACAUGUUGAGCGCUGAAUAUAGGGAGUUUAUGACUCCUUCAAAAUACGAGACCCUUACCGAAAUCAUAAACGUUGCUCGGGAACGGGAGAUUGAGCUAAAGAAACAAGUUGAAAGAGGUGAGCGAAGGGCACAAGAUGUGAAUCCAAGCCCUACAAAGAAAGCCCGAACUGGAGAAUCGGGAAGGAAGGUUGAUGCUAAAGGCGGGUCGCCAAGUUGCAAAGUUUGUGGGAAGGGGCACAAAGGUGAGUGCCGCUUCAAAGACAAGCCGUGUCUAGUAUGUGGGAAGACGGGACACACUGCAUCGCUAUGUCCCGGAAAAGUUUCCGUUUGUUACAAAUGUUAUCAACCCGGCCACAAGAAGUCUGAAUGUCCCGAGUUGGUUGGAAGGAAAGAGACUAAAGAGCCUCCAGCAGAAGCUCCCAAAGCGAAGGCUAGGUCCUUCUAUCUUACCGCGGUUGAAGCAAAAACAGAACCCGAUGUGGUCUCAGGCAAAUGUGGUGGCGGAUGCUCUGAGCAGAAAAGCAGACUAUGUCCCAAUACGGGUAAGAUCGAUGCAGCUCGUGGUGACCUCGGGUAUACUAGAACAUAUCCGAGAAGCGCAAUUAGAAGCAGUGAAAGAGGAGAAUUGGAAGAGAGAAAGAAUAAUCGGCCAAUUGAAAGAUUUGUCGGAUGGGAAUAA